AUGGCGCAGGUUGAAGUCCGCCAGGAGCCGGAGACUGACGUGGUCUCGGUGGCCCUGGAGGUGUCGGAAAGCGCCAAGCUGGCGCUGUGGGACCGCCUGCCGCAUCAUGCGGAGCACUUCUGCGACGUCUCUUUGCGCAGCACGGACGGCCAAGUCUUCAAGGCACACCGUUUGGUGCUCUCCAUGGCCAGCGACCCGCUCUUUGCCAUGCUCAGCGGCAGCUUUGCCGAGGGGCAGCAGUCGGAGGUUCCCUUCGAAUCCUCAGGGGAGGCGUUGAGCGCCUUCCUGCAGUUCCUGUACAAGGGCACUUUCUCCGUCAAGAAGGCAGUUCUGCCCGAGCUGCUGCGCCUUGUGCAUCAGUGGGAGGUGCAGCCACUGCAGUCGGCUCUGAACGAGCUGCUCGUGAAGCACAUGACACCGGAGCUGUGCUCUCUGCUCAUCGUGGACUGCGAGGUUCUGCUGGUGGACCAAUUGGACGAGAUGCUGGAAUCCUAUGUGCUCGAGAAUUUUGGAGCUUGUGUCAAGACGGAACAGUUCGGUUCCUGGCCACUGCACCGUAUGAUCGGCCUCCUACGCAGCGACGACCUGGUGGCGGAGCAUGAGGAGGAGGUGUUGGCCGCAGUGAUGCACUGGCACCGCAGCGGCCCGGGCCGGGACGAUGCCACGGCAGCGCUGCUGCAGAUGGUGCGCUUUGCGCUGCUCUCGGCCUCGGCACUGCAGAGCCUGGGCAGCAGGGAGGGCCUGACGGGUUUGCCAGGUGUCGUGAUGUCUCGCCUGGCCGCGGCCGCGCUGAAGGUGCACCAGGGCCUGCCCCAGGGUGACCGGUGGGAGCGGCCAGACACCCAUGAUGAGGCCUCCUUCAUGAAGUUUGUGAAGCUGCGGAAUUCUUAUCCCUACUGGUGGGCUGACUUUGGCUGCUCCCUUCGUGGAGGCCUUGUCAUCGCAGAGCGCAGCGGCGCGGAUGCGGAGGGCGAGCUGGAGCCGUGGGCGGUGCACAUCCACGAUCAGGCGCUUUACAUCAUUGAUGGUCGGGAGCCUUGCUGUGUGCUGCAGGCGGGAAGAGUGCGGACUUGCUGGCAUCAUUAG